CGUCAUCGGAAGAGGGAAAAUGUCAGCUCCCAUCACCGUGCAUGAUAUGUAACAACGAGUGCUCAACCUGCUUUUGUACCGUUUGACAGAAACGGCUGUCAUGACCGAAGCAACAGGAGAGAAAGGUGCUCAGUACCAACAGGUUGUCAGCAAGGGGCCGCUGCCAUACCAAUACAUUAAAGUCAAACUAGAAUUUGAAGACGGACAGCCUCGAGAUGUGGGAGAGUCACAAUUUAAGGCUCUCAUCAGUAGCAUGGUCAGGGAAGUCUACGGAGAGGUCGGCUGUAGCCUGACCUCAGAUGUGUUGAAGUAUUCACCCAAAGAUUGUUCAGCAAUUCUCAGAGUGACACACAGCAAUGCAGUAAAGGUGUGGAGUUCAUUGACCCUGUGCAGUAGUUUUGAGGGAGAACCAUGUGCUUUUAGAGUUCUGCAGACUUCACCCCAUCUCAUGGCAUUAGCUGUCAAUUCUCGUGACCUUGACUUUUGAUCCAGCGACCUUGAUGUGACAGGCAGAAGAAGUCAAAUGUGAAGAUGCAGAAACAGUGUUUUCUUUUGAAGUAAUACCAUCGCUUGCGACCCGAAAACAAGUGUCCUGCUGAAGUAAUACCAUCGCUCGCAACCUGAAAACAAGUGCCCUGCUGAAGUAAUACCAUCACUCGCAACCUGAAAACAAGUGUCCCGCUGAAGUAAUACCAUCACUCACAACCUGAAAACAAGUGUCCUGCUGAAGUAAUACCAUCACUCACAACCUGAAAACAAGUGUCCUGCUGAAGUAAUACCAUCACUCACAACCUGAAAACAAGUGUCCUGCUGAAGUAAUACCAUCACUCGCAACCUGAAAACAAGUGUCCUGCUGAAGUAAUACCAUCACUCACAACCUGAAAACAAGUGUCCUGCUGAAGUAAUACCAUCACUCACAACCUGAGAACAAGUGUCCUGCUGAAGUAAUACCAUCACUCGCAACCUGAAAACAAGUGUCCUGCUGAAGUAUUACCAUCACACACAACCUGAAAACAAGUGUCCUGCUGAAGUAAUACCAUCACUCGCAACCUGAAAACAAGUGUCCUGCUGAAGUAAUAAUACCAUCACUCACAACCUGAAAACAAGUGUCCUGCUGAAGUAAUACCACCACACACAGCCUGAAAACAAGUGUCCUGCUGAAGUAGUACCAUCACUCGCAACCUGAAAACAAGUGUCCUGCUGAAGUAAUACCAUCACUCGCAGCCUGAAAACAAGUGUCCUGCUGAAGUAAUAACAUCACUCACAACCUGAAAACAAGUGUCCUGCUGAAGUAAUACCAUCACUCACAACCUGAAAACAAGUGUCCUGCUGAAGUAAUACCAUCACACACAGCCUGAAAACAAGUGUCCUGCUGAAGUAAUAACAUCACUCACAACCUGAAAACAAGUGUCCUGCUGAAGUAAUACCAUCACUCACAACCUGAAAACAAGUGUCCUGCUGAAGUUAUACCAUCACACACAACCUGAAAACAAGUGUCCUGCUGAAGUAAUACCAUCACACACAACCUGAAAACAAGUGUCCUGCUGAAGUAAUACCAUCACUCGCAACCUGAAAACAAGUGUCCUGCUGAAGUAAUACCAUCACUCGCAACCUGAAAACAAGUGUCCUGCUGAAGUAAUACCAUCACUCACAACCUGAAAACAAGUGUCCUGCUGAAGUAUUACCAUCACUCACCACCUGAAAACAAGUGCCCUGCUGAAGUAAUACCAUCACACACAACCUGAAAACAAGUGUCCUGCUGAAGUAAUAUCAUUGCCCGCAACCUGAAAACAAGUGUCCUGCUGAAGUAAUAUCAUUGCCCGCAACCUGAAAACAAGUGUCCUGCUGAAGUAAUACCAUCACUCACAACCUGAAAACAAGUGUCCUGCUGAAGUAAUACAAUCACUCACAACCUGAAAACAAGUGCCCUGCUGAAUUUAUACCAUCACUCACCACCUGAAAAAGUGUCCUGCUGAAGUAAUGCCAUCACUCACAACCUGAAAACAAGUGUCCUGCUGAAGUAAUACCAUCACUCACAACCUGAAAACAAGUGUCCUGCUGAAGUAAUACCAUCACUCGCAACCUGAAAACAAGUGUCCUGCUGAAGUAAUACCAUCACUCGCAACCUGAAAACAAGUGUCCUGCUGAAGUAAUACCAUCACUCGCAACCUGAAAACAAGUGUCCUGCUGAAGUAAUACCAUCACUCACAACCU